GGUGUGUUUGCAGCCUGUGGAAGGUAAAGCAAAGUUGGGAAUCGAAUACAGAAGCCAUGGAAGGAGAAGAGGGAUCUCAGCAGCCACAGUUAGUGUUAGCAGACAAGCUAUUCCUUCUGAGACAACCAGAUGUGCCAGACAUUGAAAAGGUUCGAUUUAAAGAGGAUGUUUUCACUCAUGUCAAGGAUAAUGAUAUGGUCCCUUUAUACGAAACCCUAGUCGCCGAUUCCGUAUUGGACUUAGAUCGUGCCCUUCUCGACUCCAUGCGUGCUAAAAUUGCUGAUGAACUCAACAAGCUCGACGAAAAGAUUGCUGAUGCUGAGGAAAACUUAGGGGAGAGUGAAGUUCGUGAGGCUCACUUGGCGAAAUCCUUGUUAUUCAUCCGGAUUGGGGACAAGGAGAAAGCAUUGGAACAUCUCAAGAUAACUGAAACUAAGACAGUUGCAGUUGGCCAAAAGAUGGACUUGGUGUUUUAUACAUUGCAGCUUGGUUUCUUUGACAUGGAUUUUGAUCUCAUUUCCAAAAGCAUUGACAAAGCUAAAAACUUGUUUGAAGAAGGUGGUGAUUGGGAAAGGAAGAAUCGACUGAAAGUGUAUGAAGGCCUAUACUGCAUGUCCACUCGAAAUUUCAAGAAGGCUGCCGAAUUGUUUUUGGAUUCUAUUUCAACCUUUACAACCUAUGAACUUUUUCCCUAUGACACCUUUAUAUUUUACACAGUUUUGACAAGCAUUAUAACGUUGGAUAGAGUUUCCUUAAAGCAAAAGGUAGUGGAUGCUCCUGAGAUCUUGACGGUGAUUGGCAAAAUCCCAUAUCUUUCCGAGUUUUUGAACUCCUUAUAUGAUUGUCAAUACAAGUCUUUUUUCUCAGCAUUUGCUGGCCUGACUGAGCAAAUUAAACUGGACCGUUAUCUGCAUCCACACUUCCGAUAUUACAUGAGGGAGGUCAGAACUGUUGUUUAUUCCCAGUUUUUGGAAUCUUAUAAGAGUGUGACGAUUGAAGCCAUGGCAAAAGCCUUUGGAGUGACAGUGGAUUUCAUUGAUCUGGAGCUGUCACGUUUUAUUGCAGCAGGGAAACUUCACUGUAAGAUUGAUAAAGUUGCAGGUGUUCUUGAAACUAACCGUCCUGAUGCUAAAAAUGCUCUUUACCAAGCAACUAUUAAGCAAGGGGAUUUCCUAUUGAACCGGAUCCAGAAAUUGUCACGUGUGAUUGAUCUUUAGGCUAUCUCAUGCAAUUUUAAAAAAUUUAUUGGAAAGGCAGCGAUACAGACAUUUUCAAGGACAUCCUGUUGAAUGCAUUUUACUAAGUGGACGUGAGGCAUGACAUUUCUGUGGUCUAUUUGAUUUCCAAAUUAAUGAACAAUCAAGCUUGCUGAAUUCAAAUGUCUCAAUCAGUUUUCAAUUACUUUUUUAAACAGUUUAAUUAUUUUUUUAUGAUGAGUAUAUUUUGUGUUUGAAUGCUUACGUAUAGGAUAUAAUAUGAUAUAUC